CGAUUGCAUCGGAUCCUACCGUUUGCAUCUGACAUCUGCAAUUUCGGUAUGACCCAGAUAUUCGUGAUAGCCGAUGAACCUCCCUCUUUAGCCCCUUAUUUUCGCAUGUGUGUAUAUUUCUGUUCUCAGUCAUACUCCUAGUGCGUCUAUCAUGAAGGCGUCCAUGGAUUUAUUGCAGGAAGUCACAUGGACGAGGUUGUACUAGUUGAGUUCCCAUUGUGUAUUAUUAUAUUCUGCCUUAAUGGGACCAUGUCUCUGUCCUGCCAAGUCCCCAUUUCCCAAGUGAUCAGCUCUUUCCACUACUACUCUCCUGUCUUUUGUCUCAGCGAGAAGCGCAACUGCGAGAGUUUCCAAAAGUGCGCAAGAAUCUCGUUUUGGGCGAUUAAGCAGCUUGACUGAGUGGUACUAUUAAGUAAUGCAUGCCAGCAGCUACUUUAGGGGAACAACUGCCUCUCUUCUAUAAGGUCUAACUAGGGGAGAUUAGCUAUUAGGUGUGGAAUUUAGUAACUGGAAGCCAGCCAUGCAUACAUGGGAAUACAGUUCCAGCACCAAGCUGAGCAAGACAGGUGCUUAAUCGUGGCCAGAGGGGUUCAAGUCGAAUGUCUGUGCGGGAGCAAUGGUAGCGCACGUGUUUUACAUCAAAGUUGCCGUUAUUGCACCUUUUCAGGCCG